AAGAAUAAAAAGCUGCAGACACGUUUCCGGCCGGCCAGAACCCUCUUGUGGAUUUCAGGAGUCAAGCCGUGAGCUGCAGAGACAUGGAUCGGAGAUGCGUGCCUAUACUUGCUGCCUUGUUGUUGGUGACGGUGGGCGCACAGAGCGGCGACCACAUGGCCGACGGUCGGGAGAUGCAUGAAAACGACACCAUUUUCCCAAGGACAUUCGGAGGCACGUACAAGCAGGUGGGACACAACGGUUCGCAGAACGGCGAGGACUUCGACAUCAAUAGCGUGCUGCUCGACCAGCAGUCGCAGGAGAAGGCCCGCCUCGAGGGCUCCGCAUGGCUGGAGGUGAGCCAGGAAGUUGAAGAGCAACUGUCUGGCUCCAUCACCACGGUCCUUCUGCCCGCCAUUUACAUCCUCGUGUUUGUGGUGGGCCUUCCUUCCAACGGGCUGGCCCUGUGGGUGCUGUGCUUCCGCGUUAAGCCCAAGAAACCGUCCACGAUAUACAUGAUCAACCUGGCGGUGGCCGACCUCUUGUUCAUCCUCUUGCUGCCCUUGAAGAUCACCUACCACCUCAGAGGGAACGACUGGCCGUUCGGCAAGAUCGCGUGCCACGUCUUCCUCACCUCCUUCUACGGCAACAUGUACUGCUCCAUCCUGCUGCUCACGUGCAUCAGCGUGGACCGGGGCCUCGCCAUUAUCUACCCGAUGCGGUCGCUGCAGUGGAGGCGUAACCGCUACGCCAUGGGCAUCUGCGCGGGGACGUGGGUCGUCGUCCUCCUGUCCACCGUGCCGCUGCAGCUGGUGAACCCGCUGGCGUACAUCGACAACCUGCACAUCACCACGUGCUACGACGUCUUCCCGAUCGACACGCUCCCGGGGUUCCUCUUCUACUACUACACGGCGCUUUGCGUCCUCUGCUUCCUCGUGCCGUUCCUCGUCACGGUCGCCUGCUACGCGCUCAUCAUCCGCUCGCUCGCUCGCACGCUCAGGAACGGCGACGGAAACAAGCGGACUCGCUCCAUCCAGCUCGCCGCCCUCGUCCUCCUCACGUUCGUCCUCUGCUUCGCGCCGAGCAACAUCGUGCUGCUGCUGCACUUCGCGCUGCUCCGGUACAAGGGCGCAAGCGACCUCUACAUCGUCUACAUGCUGUGCCUGAGCUUCAGCAGUCUCAACAGCUGCCUGGACCCCUUCGUCUACUACUUUAUGUCCACGGAGUGUCGCCGCAAGCUGAGCUGGAAGGUCAGAGGGCUGGCCAAAGGCGUCUCCAAAACGUCACGGAGAUAUUUCAGCAGCUUCAGCACUCACACCACCAGCGGGUCGACCUACAGCAACGGCAGCUCCAAGUCAAGCCGCCAGCUGCUGCCCUCCGGUUGAGCGGGUCACGCCAAGAGUGGCCCAUACACCGCUUUUCCACUUGCACCUUCGAGCCGUGCUAGCACAGGGGACAGCACGAUGCGGAUGAUUUUCCACCGGUAUUUUACCGAGCCGAGCCGGAACCGAGCCAUGCUACGCCGACCUCACAAGACGUCCGAAUCUGGCUGAGGGCCAAGCUGUGUUUAAAAACAGGGUCACAAGCACAUUUCGUCACAACACAGCAUCACCGCGCCACGUACAUGUGUCUUGAAGUCAUGUGUUGCAUCCCUAAGCUCGUGCAGUGGAAAAGCAACCCGCGCUUCUCCUAACCAGUGCCGGCGCUGUCAUGGUAUAGCUCCGGAACAGCUCGGAUGUGCAAGUGGAAAAGAGGCAUUAGUUUCCAUCCAAAAUACCCAGAGAGGGUACAGAUAUCACUCGCCACUGAUAUUAGUCUUGGGCAGGGAUAAGACUGAGGUUACUGGGUUCAGAGCGCAGUGCACUAACCCACUGAGCCACCUCUCCUUCCGAAUCAAUGCAGUAUUGUGCUCUCAAUAAUACAGCCCUCACAGGCACGAACGGCAUCCACAUGCUGUUAGCAGCUUGCGCUUUGAAGGGUUCAUUGUGGCUUUUAUCUGCGUUUUUACAGAUAUGUGGUUUCCACUCGUUUAAAUAUGUUUUUUUUAUUAUUACUGCAGCAUACGUAUAGAAUUGUGAAAUACCGUUCGUAAAAAAAUAUAAUAUUACUAACAUACAGUAUGUCGAUAUUGCCAAACCUGCACAGAUAUGACAAGAACACCAGUUGAGUAUUGUAACACAAUAAUAAUAAUUAGAGUUCCCUAGCCAAGAAUGCCUCCCUGAGUCUCAAGGCCCUGCAUUGGAAUAUUUUGCCAAUCCCACGAAUGAGUAUUUCGCUUCACAGUGGGAAGGAAACCAGAGGACCCGGAGAAAACCCAUACAUAUGAUGGGGUAACACUCCACGUUCUGCACAGGUAUAUGCAAUACUGGUAGGAACCUCCUGGUUACACCAGCCCACAGGGGAUUAUUGUGUCCGUCGUGCAGUGAGGG